AUGACGAUUGUUUGUCAUACCUACUACUAUAAGACCAUUCUUUCCCUCUUCAUCAUGCCUCAAAACAAUUCCUCGGAUAUUUCGUUGUCCUCUAUAAUAUUCUCGCAAAAUUACCUUAAUCAUGAUGCGGAUAGUCGGGCGACUCGAGCUGGCUUUCAUUAUGAUAGUGAACAGAUUCACAAAGAUUCCAAGAACAUAUAUAAUAGACUGAAAUCAAUCUACGAAGAUUCCAAAUUUGUCAGUAACGUUUCAAAUAUGUUACCAUAUUUACCGGUCGUAGCGAACGAGCGUUGCGGCACCUGGUAUAUCGAUCCUCAAGAGCGUUUACCCGACUCAUUGUCAAAAACCAUUCCAAUAUGGUGUUGCACGAUAAAUCUUGCCAUCAAAGAAUAUCGAGAUUCAAAGAACAACGAUGCUCGUGUGAUUUCGAAGUCGGAAUUUUCUUUGUUGCAGGAAGAAUUAGAUGAGUGGGAUACCGAAUUUCAUUCACUCUCUUCCGUGAUAUCCAAUUCCGAGCGUUCUCAAAUUAUCUCAUUAAUACAAAGAUUCGCGCGAGAUCUUAUCACUUCUGGAUUUGACAUCAGUUCUCUGUCGGGCAGACUAAAAAAACCGCUGAGACCACUAUGGUUCACACCAUCGUCAAAUAUGGUGGAUAUGGGAUCGGAAAGAAGGCAAGGAUAUGUUUACGUUCAAGGUUCAGCGGAUGACCACGAAAUGUGGGCAAUGGGAUUGACGCCAUCACUGUUUUGGAAACAUCGAGAAGUAAUAUUGGACACGAAUGAUCCAAUGGAGUGUGAAAGAAAAGUGAAGGAAAUUGUGGAUGGGCACAAGGCGUCAAAUUCUGAAUUAUUACUUUCAAGUGUUGAACUCAUCCCACAUCCUUUUAAUUUCAUUGGGAAUACAAAUGUCGCCAUAGGAAAUUACAAAAGUGCGAAUCCGUUGACAUGCUGGGAAAAUUUUGAUUGCAUCAUAAAUUGCACGCCGGAACCCUACUCUUAUUCCGAACCCAUUCCCCCGUCACCUCAUGGCAACAAUUAUCUUCGACUUUCAAUUCCAGAGGGCAAAAAAGGUCAAAAUGAAUUAUUCGCAAGCAUUCCAAUUGCUUUGGAAUUUGUCGGGAAGCCUCUAGAGGAAAAGAAGAGAAUUCUGAUCCAUUGUAAACAGGGAAUUGACAGAAGCGUCGGCAUCGGGUUGGCUGUAUUGGUGAAAUAUUUUGAUGACGAAGGUAAAGUUCCGUGUGAUAAGUUUGUUAAGAAGUUAAAGUGA